AUGUCUUCAGCAGGAGGAUUGCUGCUCCCCAUGCCUCCUCCCCCAUCUACUGCAGCUUCAGUUCCAUCCCCAAACACCGCCACCCCCGUAUCUCCCUCCGCAGCUCUAACUCCAUUGAUCCAACGUACAUUCACAAACUCCACACUAACCUUCUGGCUCAAUGGCACUAAGCUUGCGCUCAACAAUGUCGACCCCGAAGCCACGCUUCUUGACUUUAUCCGCUCCCAACGCGGACUGAAAGGGACGAAGCUCGGCUGCGGCGAAGGUGGCUGCGGUGCUUGCACAAUUGUUGUCCAGCAGCGUAACAGCACCACUGGGAGGAUUGAGCAUCUGAGCAUCAAUUCGUGUCUUGCGCCGGUUAUUAGCGUCGAGGGUAAGCACGUGAUCACGAUUGAAGCCCUCGGAAGCGCAGCAAAUCCGCACCCGCUGCAGGAGCGGAUUGCGAAGCUGCACGGGUCGCAAUGUGGCUUCUGUACUCCGGGAAUUGUCAUGUCGUUGUAUGCACUGCUACGUAAUGCAUACGAUCCGGAGACUAGGACGUAUAGGCUGAGUGAGGAAAUGGUAGAGCUGGAGGGCGCGCUAGAUGGCAAUUUGUGUAGGUGCACAGGGUAUAAGCCAAUAUUGGACGCGGCGAAAAGCUUUGUGAAGGAAGACCUUGGUGGAGUUGUGGUAGAAAGCUCCAGGGGAAAGGUGGUACGCCCUGAAAAUGGGCUGGGUGGGAAUUGGACAGCUUCUCAGGCGACAGGAUCGUGUGGGCGACCAGGUGGGUGCUGUAGAGACAAACCGGGGUCGCCAUCAUCUGACACCUCGAGUGAUGUCGAUUCCGCUUCUACGGAAAUCACGGAGGAAUCAAAUGGGGCACCAAUAUCGGGAUCGACGUACGGUGCCCCUCUGAAAUCUUCGAAACGCGAAGAUGGGUGUCAGCUCUCUUCGGGGGCCUCAAAAUGUGCCACGGAGGCCGAGGUACUAUCGGGGCUAAAAGGGGGAAAAUAUUCCUUCCCCCAGUUUAAUUUUAAGACAUACGAGCCACAUACGGAGAUCAUCUAUCCUCCUGGGCUACAAAAGUAUGUUAAACAACCUAUCUGCUUCGGCAACUCAAAAAAGAUCUGGUUUCGGCCAACGACCCUUGCACAAUUGCUUGAGAUCAAGGAUGCUUUUCCCUCUGCGAAGAUGGUGGCCGGAUCCUCAGAGGUGCAGGUGGAGAUUCGUUUCAAGCACCUGCAGUACGCCGUUGCGGUGUACGUUGGUGACAUCGAAGAACUCAAGUCCUUCACCGUCGACGAGGGAGCAGGCACAGUAAUCAUUGGCGGCAACACCCCUUUGACCGUUGUGGAGCAAGGGUGUUUGGAAUGGUACCGAAAGCUUGGUAAGAGAGGCAUGGUGUUGGAGGCGGUUAGAAAGCAACUGAGGUAUUUUGCUGGACGACAGAUUCGCAAUACUGCAACCCCAGCAGGAAACAUCGCUACCGCGUCCCCCAUAUCAGACCUCAACCCGGUACUGGUUGCCUCGGGGACCAUCCUUACCGCCCAGUCUUUCUCUAGGGGAUCGUUCGAGAUCCCGCUGACAGACUUCUUCAUUGGCUACCGCGAGACCGCCCUGCCAGCAGACGCGGUUAUCACGCAGUUGACUAUUCCACUAAGUCCAGUUAAUAGCCGCGUGGUUGUUAAAGCCUACAAGCAGGCCAAGAGAAAGGAUGAUGAUAUUGCAAUUGUUACUGCAGGCAUGAGGGCUAGUCUUGACAAGGAUGGACUAGUCAAGGAUGUCUCGCUAGCUUAUGGCGGUAUGGCACCAAGGACUGUGACGGCACGAAAUACAGAAGAUGUGUUGAGGGGUAAGAGAUGGUUCGACAAAAAUGUUUUGGAGUUAGCAAUGAACGCUAUGGAGAAGGACUUCGAUCUAUCGUUCACCGUUCCGGGAGGAAUGCCGACUUACAGGAAAACACUCGCCUUCUCGUUCUUUUUCAGGUUCUGGCAUGAGGUUGCCGCCGAGCUAGACCUUGGAAACGAAACCGAACGGGUUGAUCAUGAGCUCAUCAGCGAGAUUUAUAGAGAGGUGUCGACGGGGUCACGGGAUAAUGAAAAUCCAUAUGAGCAACGCGUUGUCGGCAAGCAAAUACCGCAUCUCUCGGGGUUGAAACAGGCGACGGGAGAAGCAGAGUACAUCGAUGAUAUCCCAAAGUACGACGGGGAGUGCUAUGGCGGAUUAGUUUUAUCUUCACGAGCUCACGCGAAACUCAUAAAAGUUGAUUUUACCCCUGCUUUAGAACUCCCUGGUGUUCUUGGAUAUGUCGACCAUCAUGAUAUUCCUCAGGACUGCUCUUACUGGGGUUCUGUGGUGAAGGAUGAGCGUUUCUUUGCCAAGGAUGUUGUAGAGAGUCAUGGACAACCUAUCGGCAUGAUAUAUGCAGAGACGGCUGCUAUUGCACAGGCCGCUGCAAAGGCAGUCUGCAUUGAGUAUGAAAACCUACCCAUGAUUCUCACCAUCUCCGAGGCGAUUGAGGCAAACUCAUUCUAUCCCCACGAUCACCAGCUCAAGCGUGGUAAUCCAACUGCGGAAGCUUUCAAGGAUUGCGAUUUUGUCUAUGAGGGUGUGACGAGGAUGGGCGGACAGGAGCAUUUUUACCUCGAAACUAACGUGGCACUCGUGAUUCCACGACCUGAGGAUGGUGAGAUGGAGGUUUGGUCCAGUACACAAAACAUCAUGGAGACACAGGAGUUUGUUUCCCAAGUGACAGGGGUCCCGAGUUCUAGAAUCGUAGCGAAGGUGAAGAGAAUGGGUGGCGCUUUUGGUGGCAAGGAGAGUAGGUCCGUUCAGUUGGCUUGUAUCUUGGCUGUUGCCGCGAAGAAAUCAGGGAGGCCUAUGAGAUGUAUGUUGAAUCGUGAUGAAGACAUGAUGAUGACUGGCCAGAGAAACCCUUUCCAGGCUCAUUGGAAGGUUGGUGUCUCGAAAGAUGGCAUGCUUCAAGUGCUCGAUGCGGAUGUCUAUAACAAUGCUGGGUAUUCUAGGGAUUUGAGUGGAGCCGUGAUGGACCGUGCUCUCACUCACAUUGACAACAGCUACUGGAUCCCGAAUGUUCAUGUUCGAGGUCAUGUCUGCAAGACCAAUACCCACAGUAAUACUGCAUUCCGUGGAUUUGGUGCCCCUCAAGGGCAGUUCAUUGCCGAGUGUAUGAUGUCCGAAGUAGCAGACGCUAUGGGGAUUUCAGUUGACGAUUUCCGCCAAAAGAACUUGUACGAAGAAGGACAACUCACACCGUUCUUACAGAAAAUCGAGGACUGGCAUGUGCCGCUUCUCCUUGAGCAGCUACGGGAAGAGGCUGACUACGACCGCCGUGUUAAGGAGGUAGAAGAGUUUAAUAAGACUCAUAAGUGGAAGAAGCGGGGAAUUUGCUUGAUACCUACCAAGUUCGGCCUAUCUUUCGCCACGGCUGUUCAUCUCAACCAAGCUGGGGCUCUCGUUCAUAUUUACCACGACGGCUCCGUCCUGCUCGCUCAUGGUGGCACUGAGAUGGGACAAGGACUUUACACAAAGAUGUGCCAAAUCGCUGCGCAAGAGCUCAAUGUUCCAAUGGACUCGAUAUUCACCAGUGAGACAUCUUCCAACACAGUGGCAAAUACCUCUCCAACUGCUGCUUCCUCUGGUAGUGAUCUCAACGGUAUGGCCGUCCAAGAUGCCUGUAGGCAGCUCAACAAACGUCUUGCACCAUACAGAGAAAAGUAUGGCCUAGAUGCUCCAAUGAAGCAGCUAGCCCACGCCGCAUACCUCGACCGCACAAACCUCUCCGCUAACGGCUUUUAUAAAAUGCCAAGUGUCGGCUUCACCUGGGGAAACUAUGUAGACCCCCGCCCGAUGUACUUCUACUUCACACAGGGCGCCGCAAUAUCCGAGGUGGAGCUUGAUGUCCUGACAGGAGACCACACCGUACGCCGCGCGGACGUUAAGAUGGAUGUCGGUCGUUCCAUUAAUCCUGCGAUCGACUACGGGCAGAUCGAAGGGGCAUUCGUGCAGGGUCAGGGGCUCUUUACUCUUGAAGAGUCCCUGUGGUGUUCCCGCAGCGGUCAACUGCUCACCCGUGGGCCGGGAACGUAUAAAAUUCCCGGAUUUGCUGAUAUUCCCCAAGUAUUCAAUGUGAGUAUACUGAAAGGCAUGCAGUGGGCCGCACUGAGGUCGGUGCAGUCGUCAAAGGGGAUCGGCGAGCCGCCAUUGUUUCUAGGAGCCGCGGUAUUAUUUGCUUUGAGAGAGGCGGUGAAGGCGGCAAGAGAAGAAAUGGCAGUGGAAAAGGGAGUUUUGGCGUUGGGAUCACCAGCGACCGCGGAAGAGCUGAGAGUGGCCAUAGGAGAUCGGAUUGUGGAGUGGGCGAGAGUAAAGAAGGAGGAAGGGGAAAAGGGGGCGUUUGCAGAGGCCCAGGCCUAA